AUGGCCGACGCCGGCGAGCCCCCUCCCCCGCUCUGCCCCCUCUGCGGCCACCCCUCCGCCGCCUCCUACGCGGCGGCGGCGGCGUCCCCCUCGCCGGCGGCGAGGCCACCGAUGAAGAGGAAGGCGGCGCCGCCCGAGGCGCCGCCGACGGUGGUGCGGGUGGAGAUCGGAGACGAGGCCGCGGCGCUGCGGGAGGCGGUGGCGAGGCAGCACGCGGCGCUGGGGGACCUCCAGGCGGAGCUGGACGCGGAGCGCGGGGCGGCGGCGGGGGCCGCCAGCGAGGCCAUGACGAUGAUCCUCAGGCUGCAGAGGGAGAAGGCCGAGGCCAUGAUGGAGGCGCGGCAGUUCAGGCGGUACGCCGAGGAGAAGAUGUCGCACGACGCCGCGGAGCUCGCCGCGCUGGAGGAGUUGCUCGCCAAGCGAGACGCCUCGCUGCGCGCGCUCCAGCCGUCCCGCCUCGGCGCGCUGUCGAUCCCGGCGUCCCCGCUCGUCUGCGCCUCGCCGCACCACUACCCUUCCACGCCGACGCCCGCCGCGGCGGUGGCGGCCGCGAACUACCCGCCGCUGCGGUGCUUCAUCGACCACCCGCCGACGGCCUCGGAGGCGGACGCGCUCGACGCGCAGACGCCGCGCGACCACCUCUCCCGCCUCUCCCACCGCGUCCACAUGCUCGAGCGCCCCGUUCACCCGACGGCCACCACCACGACCACCACCACCCCCAUCAUCCGCGUCGCGCCGGGCUCCGCCUUCCCGCGCCAAGCGCGCGCCUACUCCGACGUCGACAGCCUCGACUUCUGCGACGGCGAGUACUUCCCCGACGACGACUGCGGCGCCAGUGACCGGGUCUACACCGUCGACGCCAUCCACGGCCGCGGCGGCGCCCCACUGGCCGUACCCGAGGGCUCCUACUACGGCGGAACGCCGGCCGGGAGCUCAUGCGGCGGCGGCGGCGCGCCCUGGGCGGAGGACGAGGAGAUGCGGCGGCUCAGCGCGCGCCUGCAGGCGCUGGAGGCGGACCGGGAGACCAUGCGCCAGGCCAUCGUCUCCAUGGGCGCCGACAAGGCGCAGGUGGUGUUGCUCAAGGAGAUCGCGCAGCACCUCUGCAAGGAGGUCGCGCCGCCACUACCGGCGGUGACCGUGGGCCACCACCUCUACAAGGGGGCCGCCGCGCCGCCGGCCGUCACCGUCAAGGUGGCGCCACCGGUGCCGCCUUUGAUCAUGCACAGGAGGAUGAUCGAGGCGCAGCCGAUCGUGAGGACGUCCUACGUUGCUUCAGUGGUCAAGUGGGUCACAUCGAUCAUCUCGUGGCGAAGGAAAACACCCCGCAUCAAGUACCCAGUUGGUCAGCGCGGUAACAACGUCGGCUUGCUCCUGCUGCUCGACAAGGCUCACAGGCCAGGGCACGGGCACCAGAAAAUGCCCAAGAAAAUCUAGAUGACACAACUCUGCAAUUUUCUCUCCAGAUGAGCUGCUGCUCUUCUUUGACUAUAUAUAACAACAAGAUGGCUUUCGCAUUGCUGUCGCUCACUCAGGCGUCGGUUCUGGUUCAUCGUCGACCAUGCCUGGUAAUGUAGUUUUAACAAAAUGGAAGCCAUUUGUGCUGUUUUGGUUUGUUUUUUUAUUCGUCUCUAGCUUUCUCGAUACAUUUCGUCGUCGGUGUUGUUUACUCUUCGGUUUCUUCGGCAUGGCACGGGUUGAGUGCCUGUGCAGGGUAGGUAACACCAGCGAAGCAUUGUACGUUGUGUUCAUGGAAAUUGAACCACAAGAAGCUAACAAUAUAAGCAUUGUACACUGUGUUCAUGAAAAUUGCACCACAAGAAAUCUAACAAUAUUAAGCAUUGUACACUACUACACUGUGUUCAUGAAAAUUGAACCACAAGAAUCUAACAGUAUU